AUGACAUCUAUGGAGAACAAAUCUAAAGUGAACGAGUUCAUCCUCACAGGAUUAACAGAUGCCCCAGAGCUUCAAGUUCCCCUCUUUAUUAUAUUCACCUUCAUCUACCUCAUCACCCUUUUAGGGAAUCUGGGAAUGGUAGCUCUGAUCUCCUGGGAUUCUCAUCUCCACACCCCCAUGUACUUCUUCCUCAGUAACCUCUCUCUGGUGGAUUUUGGCUAUUCCUCAGCUGUUACUCCCAAAGUGAUGGCUGGGCUCCUCACAGGGGACAAGGUCAUCUCCUAUUAUGGCUGUGCAGCACAGAUUUUCUUCUUUGUGACCUUUGCCACAGUUGAAAGUUUCCUCUUGGCUUCCAUGGCUUAUGAUCGCCACGCAGCUGUGUGUAAGCCCUUACAUUACACCACUACCAUGACAUCGACUGUAUGUGCACAUUUGGCCAGUGGUGCUUACAUCUGUGGCUUUUUAAAUUCUUCCAUAGUCACAGGAGACACAUUUAGCCUUUCCUUCUGUAGAUCCAAUGUGAUCCAUCAUUUUUUCUGUGAUGUUCCCCCUCUCCUAGUUAUAACCUGUUCUGAUAUUCAUAGUAUAGAGAUGGUAAUAUUUAUUUUAGGAAUAUUCACUGUAUUUUUUCCAUUUCUGGUUAUCUUGACUUCCUACCUGUUCAUCUUCAUUGCCAUCCUGAGCAUCCGUUCUGCUGAAGGCCGCCAAAAAGCCUUCUCCACUUGUGCUUCCCAUCUCACAGCAGUGUCUAUAUUUUAUGGGACAAUCAUCUUCAUGUACUUCCAACCCAGCUCAAGCCAUUCCAUGGACUCGGACAAAAUGGCAUCUAUUUUCUACACCAUGGUCAUCCCCAUGUUGAACCCUCUGGUCUAUAGUUUGAGGAACAAAGAAGUCAAGAGUGCUUUUCACAAAGUUGUCAGAGGACAAAGAUCUCAAUUAGAAAAUUUAUAA